AGGCAAUCACAGCACAGGACAAAAGUUUAGAGCAACGAUAUGUAGACGCACAGACAGCGCACUUUCCCACCGAGUUUUUGUUUGGCUCUGCGACCGGUUGAGUCCUAUUAAUUGGGUAUAAAAGUGAGAUAGGCAGCACUGAGGGGAACAUAAGGAGACGACGGAGGCGCUUCAGCCAGGGAAGAAGUGCCGUGAGAAAGAUACCGUCUCUCUCUUUCUUUCUCUCUCACUCUCACACACACGCAAACACGCACUGCCACAGCCGCGCCCGGAUCACAACCUACAGCACAGCCUCCUCUCUGCUUUCCUGCUAUAGCAUGGCCAGUUCGAGUAAAGCGACUUUAAUCUUGCUCAUCUACGGGAUCUUUAUGCACUACAGCGUCUUCUGCACACCUCUUGGACUAAGUUACCCCAAGAUUAGACUUGAAAACGACGCAUUCGAUGAGGACGGGAAUUCGUUGUCCGACAUGGGUUUUGAUAGUGAUCAGAUUGCUAUACGAAGCCCGCCAUCCUUAAACGACGACGCAUACACCCUAUACUACCCACAGGAGAAGAGUGACGACAACAGCAUGGAGGAAGAAUCAGAGCCCUUAUCCAAAAGACACUCAGAUGGGAUCUUCACUGACAGCUACAGUCGCUAUAGAAAGCAGAUGGCCGUGCAGAAAUACCUGGCAGCGGUUCUGGGUAGAAGGUACAGACAGAGAGUUAGGAACAAAGGACGCCGGCUUGCCUAUUUGUAGCGCUGUUAAGGCGCUCAAACUGCCCUCCUGUGUAUAUACAUCCAGUCGUUAAAUCGAAGUCAUUCAGAUAUAUCUGACCAACCAGUGGAUUGCGCCUGUGUUCUUUCAACAUGUAUUUAUGUAUGAAGUAAAGCCAUUAAAAUGAAUAUUUUAAUAAUAAUAUCGUUUUUUUUUCUUUUUGUACAAAAGCACUUGAUACCGCACAGUUAUACUUUGUGGACCAAUAUUUUAUUUUCAUGUUUAAGAUGUUGAAAACAAAACAAAAUGAUAAAAAAAAGAAGAAGAAGAAACCAGUAAAAAAAAGAGAUAAUUGUGCACCUUCAACAUUAUGCGCUUGAAAUCUUUAAAAGUCAUCUACAUAUGCAGAAAAUAAAUAGAUUUUAAAAAGACAAUCAAAGUAUUGAAUGUUAUACUUAUUUUUGUAACCAACGUUCUAUUUUUUUAGUGUUGUUUGUUUUCCAAACAGGCCCAAAGAAGCAGUGAGCAUGCUAUGUGAGGCAUAUCCGGCUUAUCCUAAAUGAUAGACGUUGCCCUUGUCCACGCUUCUCCACGCUCCCUUAAUGGGAGCUCUGUGGGUUCGUAUAGCUUGCUGCCCCUCCAAGGGGAAUUCAGAUGGCUUUUGUUCCACAGCCUCUCAUUUGAUGGUUAACCGAUUGACUUACACGUUCAGUCAAUGUAAGUGCUGGUAAAAAUUCAACCUUCUUUCCAAUUUCAUUGCAGGCUUUUGCAAGGGCACUGAUGCCUUUACUAAAGAGAAAGGAAGCACUCGAGUUGCUGUUAACAGUAUGCAGAAAACACUGCUUGCUCACUUGCCUCGAGAGUCAUUUACAGUGGGAGAUAAAUCAUGCUCGAUACGACUGUCUAUGGAAUGUUUCACAUGUGUGUAUUGUGUACAGUAUAAAAAUUACACAGAGCACAUAGUCAUCUCAGUGUUGUCUCUGUUCAGUCAACAGGAUUAAAUGGAGAAGAGAAAAGAAAAAAAACUGCUUCAACUGUUGAUUGUAUUUUGGCAGAGCUACAAAAUAUUCAGAAAGGACUCAGAAGGAGCAGAAAGUGAUGCAGUUUGACAAAAGAGGAGGAGAGGGAAGGUAGCGUCUGAGUUGGGGUUAGAGAUACUGGACUUAUUUCUGAUUUAAUGGUGCAUGUGAAAACUGACACCGUGCUAAUUUUCACUUACAAACUGCAUGCGAUUGUGCUUUUGUUGCUGUGUAGGAGAUGGGCUGUGCUAAGCUUCUUUCAGCAGCAGCCCCCCCGCCCCCAGAUGUUUUGUGACAGAAAUGUGAAGAAAGAGGGCUAGAGGUGGUAGAAACUGGUACUGCACUGACUUGUUGAUUUUACUUUUACCUAUCCUGCUGCUGUCAUUGUGGAUAUCAUAGAACAAGACACUGGACCCCCCUCCCCUCCCUUAUAUGCUGAUUGCCUUUGUCUUGGUUGUAGUAGUAGUUCAAGUUCUUUUGCUUCUAGAUUGCCACGCCAAGUUUCUGGUUUGAUGUUAAUGCUGUAGUUUCACUGUUGAGCUGAUCUGUGUUAGAGUAUGUGAGGAAGCAGGUGAAGAGUGUUAGCUGAUAAAGAGAUGUGUGUGUGGAGUCGAAGAAAAGGCAGUGGAAAAAGAGACGGUGUGUGUUUGUGUGUGUGUGUGUGUGUGAAAGAGAGAGAGAGAGAGAGAGGAAAGGCAAGCAAAGUAGCCUGUUGCAUAAGACACAGGUUACAGCACCCACAAGCCAGAGGACGUUUGUCGCACGUCAAUACAGAAACAAAACAAACAAACAAACAAACAAACAAAACAAGUGAUAGCACCACUUCCUCUGCUCACCUGCUGAAGUGAGAUCAGGGUCAAUGAGUCUGAUAAAAAAUGUCAGAUGUUGAAUUCCCUUCACUUUGGUUUCAGAAGAAGGUUUAAGAGUAUGCGAGUCAAGGUGGAUGAGACCAGUAGAACAGAGGUGAAUGAAAUUCAGCCCUUCAGCAGAGGGAUAUUCCCUAUGACUUUUAUUAGAGAGAUAUCUCAUGUAUUUAUUCAACAUUAUGCAAAUGCAGCUUUAUGCACCCCUGCAAUCUAAUCAGUGGCCUGUGUUCCCCCAUAGAAACUAUCAACACACUCCUUCUUCAAUUUGGCUCCAUCGUACAGGCUUUGCGUGAGUGCGUAUGUGCAUAUUGCGUUUAUGUGUGAGCGUGUGUGCAUUUAAUGUUUGUUUGUGUGGACGAGUGACUGAACAUGCAUGCGGAGGUGGAAACAGCUUUUGGCUUUUGGUGCCUUGCUUCGACGUGAGAAAAACAUAAAAAAUACUAAAAAAAAAAAUACUAAAAAAAAUAAAUAUUCACCACAAGUGACAGAUGGCAAUUUUAGUGGCCCUACAAUGCUGCAGUCCAUUAGCUUACAUUAAAACUUCCUUUUCCUCUGUUUAAUCGCUCGGCUUAGUCUGCCCCAAGAGUAGUAGAAUUAGGCUUUCUUUUAAAGCAUGGCAAUGAUUUGUUGAGUAUAAAAUAUAUUAAAAAAGUGAAUAGAAUGUGUAUGUCGGUGGAGCAGGCGAUGUAUGUGUGUGCGUCUGAUUGUUUGUGUGUGCGCGCGUGUAUGGGGUGUUCAGUGUCUGUGAGAAUAGUAGACAAUGACCAGUGUUCGUUACUGUUGAUUAUGACGUGUUGUCGAUUAUUUUGGGUCAGUAAUUUAUUAAUGAGAAAAUAUCCCCUACAUAUUACAACUUUGUGCAUCACUAUCUAGACUUAAAAGGGUUUGAGAAUAUAAUAGAGAUGUUGUUCAGAUCAUAGAAAAUGCCUGUUGUUGAUAUUUCUGAAAGCGCCGAACGCCUUACUUCAAUGUUUAAUCUCUUAUCUAUCUGAAAACAAUGUGUUUUAAAAGUGAACCUUAGUACAAGUGACAUCGUUAUACACACAGGAGUCCUUAUAUGGGGUUUUACGUUUGUCAUUGUUAUGAAAGUGUUGUAAGAUUUGUAUGAAUAAAUUUUUGUAAACAACAA